AUGGCCUCCGACCUGCACAACGCAGCGAGCCAACGUGCUGUUGAGACUCUGGCCGCGAAACUACGAAGGCGGCAAGUAGUAGGUUCUCGUGAAACUGCACUCGAAACCGUUCUUGUCCUGCGCCAGGUGGUCUCCAAGGCACGCUUUCAAAACAUACAGCAGCUAGUCGAGAUCAUCGGAGGCGUAGGACGGAAGCUUGUCGAGGCGCAGCCAAAAGAACACACGGUCGGAAAUACCGUUCGCAAAAUGCUGCAUCACCUUCGAGAGGAAUACAACAAUGCAUCGAAGGGCACGGUCGCAUCCUCCUCCACAUUUUCCAUAUCCAAAUUCGUGCUUCAGGGCCAACCGCGCAAGCAUCUCACAACGCAGAAGACAGAAUCGACUCUGGUUCUGAGAGAGAACGAUCCAGAUGAUCCCGAUUCGUUCGCGAGGACUUUUAAGCCCGUCCUCAUGGAGGCGAUUCAAGAUAUCCUGGAUGAGCUGGACACAGUUUAUGAUAACAUAUCAAAGAGCGCAAAAGAUCAUAUUCACUCGGAUGAGAUCAUCCUAACAAUCGGCAAGUCGAGUACGGUCGAAGCUUUCUUGAAAUCGGCCGCCCAUUACCACAACUACACUGUCAUUGUUGCUGAGAGCGGACCUUCAUACGGGGGCCACGACAUGGCAAGAUCCCUCUCAUCCUCUGGCAUCUCCACAUUCCUCGUAUCCGACUCCUCAAUAUACGCUCUCAUGUCCCGUGUGAACAAAGUCAUCCUCGGCGCACAUGCUAUCCUCGCAAAUGGUGGUAUGUUUGCCAUCACUGGCUCCUCCCUAGCGGCAUCAGCAGCCCGAGCGCACAGUACUCCCGUCGUAGUCUGCGCUGGUCAAUUCAAGCUCACUCCACUAUGGAAUCUGUACCAUGAAUAUGGCGCCCUCGAUUUUGCCGAUCCAAGCAGCGUCCUUGGGUAUGAAGAAGGUGAUCUCGUCGAUAAGGUCGACGUCAUCAAUCCAUACUACGAUUAUGUCCGUCCAGAGUUGGUGGAUGUCUAUAUCACAAAUGACGGCGAUCACCCUCCGCCUUCCAUCUAUCGAUUAAUUAAGGAAUCAUACGAUGACGAGGACAACGAGCUUUGA